AUUUUUAGGUGGAAGAUGAAACUGUUCUACAUAACAUUCCUUACAUGGGGGAUGAAGUUUUAGACCAGGAUGGGACUUUCAUUGAAGAACUAAUAAAAAAUUAUGAUGGAAAAGUACAUGGGGAUAGAGAAUGUGGGUUUAUAAAUGAUGAAAUUUUUGUGGAGUUGGUGAAUGCUCUUGGUCAGUACAAUGAUGAUGAUGAUGAUGAAGAUGGAGAUGAUCCUGAUGAAAGAGAAGAAAAACAGAAAGAUCUAGAGGAGAACAGAGAUGAUAAAGAAAGCCACCCACCUCGGAAAUUUCCUUCUGAUAAAAUUUUUGAAGCCAUUUCCUCAAUGUUUCCAGAUAAGGGCACAGCAGAAGAACUAAAGGAAAAGUAUAAAGAGCUCACCGAACAGCAGCUCCCGGGCGCCCUUCCUCCUGAAUGUACCCCGAACAUAGACGGACCAAAUGCUAAAUCUGUUCAGAGGGAGCAAAGCCUGCAUUCAUUUCAUACACUUUUCUGUAGGCGAUGUUUUAAAUAUGACUGCUUCCUACAUCCUUUUCAUGCAACACCCAAUACUUACAAGCGGAAGAACACAGAGACGGCUCUAGACAACAAACCGUGUGGCCCGCAGUGUUACCAGCACUUGGAGGGAGCAAAGGAGUUUGCUGCCGCCCUCACCGCGGAGCGGAUCAAGACCCCGCCGAAGCGGCCCGGCGGCCGCAGGAGAGGCAGGCUCCCCACCAACAGCAGCCGGCCCAGCACCCCCACCAUCAACGUGCUGGAGUCCAAGGACACAGACAGUGACAGGGAAGCAGGGACCGAGACGGGCGGGGAGAACAACGAUAAAGAGGAGGAGGAGAAAAAGGACGAGACUUCCAGCUCCUCCGAAGCGAAUUCUCGGUGUCAAACGCCAAUAAAGAUGAAGCCCAACAUUGAGCCUCCGGAGAACGUGGAGUGGAGUGGUGCUGAGGCCUCGAUGUUCAGGGUCCUCAUCGGCACAUAUUAUGACAAUUUCUGUGCCAUUGCUAGGCUCAUUGGGACCAAAACUUGUCGACAGGUGUAUGAGUUUCGCGUCAAAGAAUCGAGUAUCAUAGCUCCGGCCCCGGCCGAGGAUGUGGACACCCCGCCGAGGAAGAAGAAGAGGAAACACCGGUUGUGGGCUGCCCACUGCAGAAAGAUACAGCUGAAAAAGGACGGCUCCUCCAACCACGUUUACAACUACCAGCCCUGUGACCAUCCACGGCAGCCUUGUGACAGUUCGUGCCCUUGUGUGAUAGCACAAAAUUUUUGUGAAAAGUUUUGUCAAUGUAGUUCAGAGUGUCAGAACCGCUUCCCUGGCUGCCGCUGCAAAGCUCAGUGCAACACGAAGCAGUGUCCAUGCUACCUGGCCGUGCGCGAGUGCGACCCCGACCUGUGCCUCACGUGUGGCGCCGCCGACCACUGGGACAGCAAGAACGUGUCCUGCAAGAACUGCAGCAUCCAGCGCGGCUCCAAGAAGCAUUUAUUGCUGGCACCAUCUGAUGUGGCAGGCUGGGGGAUUUUCAUCAAAGAUCCUGUACAGAAAAAUGAAUUCAUCUCGGAGUACUGUGGAGAGAUUAUUUCUCAAGAUGAAGCAGACAGAAGAGGGAAAGUGUAUGAUAAAUACAUGUGCAGCUUUCUGUUCAACUUAAACAAUGGUAUGUUUGACCUGAGGCCAUCCGGGAGCCCUCCGCUGGUUGGAGUCUGGACGUGAAGG